GAGCGGCUGGGCCUCGCGCCUUCACCGGGCAGCAUGGCUGAGCAGGAGAGCUUGGAGUUUGGGAAGGCGGAUUUUGUCCUCCUGGACCAGGUGACCAUGGAGGACUUCAUGGACAACCUGAAGCUGAGGUUCGAGAAAGGGCGUAUCUACACCUACAUAGGGGAGGUGGUGGUCUCCAUGAACCCCUACAGGCAGAUGGAGCUCUACGGAAAGGAAAUGAUUGAACAGUAUCGGGGCCGAGAGCUGUAUGAGAGGCCACCUCAUCUGUAUGCCGUGGCUGAUGCAGCCUACAAGGCCAUGAAACGCCGGGCCAAAGACACCUGCAUUGUUAUCUCUGGGGAAAGCGGAGCUGGAAAGACCGAAGCCAGCAAGUACAUCAUGCAGUAUAUUGCUGCCAUCACAAACCCCACGCAAAGGGCAGAGGUGGAAAGGGUGAAGAACGUUUUGCUCAAGUCCAACUGUGUCCUGGAGGCCUUCGGCAACGCCAAGACCAACCGCAACGACAACUCCAGCCGCUUUGGCAAGUACAUGGACAUCAACUUUGACUUCAAGGGGGACCCCACCGGGGGCCACAUCAACAACUACCUCCUGGAGAAGUCUCGGAUCCUCCAACAGCAGCCAGGAGAAAGGAACUUCCAUGCUUUCUUUCAGUUGCUCCUAGGGGCCUCCAACGCUUCACUGGACUCCCUCCACCUCAGCAGAGACCCUGCAACUUACAGGUUCAUCAGAGAAGGUGCCAGCAACAAUUCUGUGGGCAACGAUAAAGCCAACUACCAGGCUGUUGCAGAUGCCAUGAAGGUGAUCGGCUUCAGUCCAGAGGAGAAGGACUCCGUGUACAAGAUCCUGGCGGCCAUCUUGCACUUGGGCAACGUGAACUUCGUCACCACCCAGGAGGCCAUGGAGAUCGAAAACAGUGAGCUGGUUGCCUAUCUAGCCGAGCUGACCUCCACUGACCCAGAGAGUCUCCUUAACGCACUCCUGUUCCGGACAGUUGCCACCGGAGGCGGGGAUGUCAUCCAGAAGGACCACAGCACCAGUGAGGCCAACUACGCGAGGGAUGCCUGCGCCAAGGCCAUCUAUGAGCGGCUUUUCUGCUGGAUUGUGGAACGUAUCAACAAAGUAAUUGAGGUGAAGAACUACGAUGCCCGAAUCCAUGGCAAGAAUACUGUGAUCGGCGUCCUCGACAUCUAUGGUUUUGAGAUCUUUGACAACAACAGCUUUGAGCAGUUCUGCAUCAACUAUUGCAACGAGAAGCUGCAGCAGCUGUUCAUUGAGCUGAUCCUGCAACAGGAGCAGGCCGAAUACCAGCGCGAGGGCAUUGAAUGGCAACACAUUGAAUACUUCAACAACCAAAUAAUCGUGGACCUGGUGGAAGAACCACACAAGGGCAUCAUCGCUGUCCUGGAUGAGGCCUGCCUGACGGUGGGGAAUGUCACCGACACCCUCUUCCUGGAGUCCAUGAACACCCGACUCGGCAGGCAUCCCCACUACACCAGCAGGAAGGUCAACCCUACUGACAAAUCCAUGGAGUUUGGUCGGGAUUUCCGGAUCAAGCACUAUGCUGGGGACGUGACGUAUUCUGUGGAGGGCUUUCUAGACAAGAACAAGGACACCCUCUUCCAGGAUUUCAAGCGACUGAUGUAUAACAGCACAGACCCCGUCCUCCAGGAAAUGUGGCCCGAGGGCAAGCAGAGCAUCACCGAGGUGACCAAGCGGCCCCUGACAGCGGCUACCCUCUUCAAGAACUCCAUCGUGGCCCUGGUGGAGAACCUGGCUUCCAAGGAGCCGUAUUAUGUCCGCUGCAUCAAACCCAAUGACCAGAAGUCGCCACUCCUCUUCGAUGCUGAGCGGUGCUGCCACCAGGUGGCCUACCUGGGCCUGCUGGAGAACGUCCGGGUCCGGCGGGCUGGUUUCGCCUACAGGCAGCCUUAUGACCGCUUUCUGCUCCGGUAUAAGAUGACCUGUGAGUACACGUGGCCCAACCACCUGAUGGCCACAGACCGCGAGGCCACGCAGGCCCUGAUCGAGCACCACAGAUUCCAGAGCGAUGUGGCCUAUGGGACGAGCAAGAUCUUCAUCCGCACUCCCCGGACGCUCUUCUCCCUGGAACAGGAGCGUGCCCAGCUGGUCCCCAUCAUCGUGCUGCUGUUGCAGAAGGCCUGGAGGGGAGCCCUGGCCCGUAAGCGCUGUCGCAUCCUGCGGGCCGUCUACGCCAUCAUGGCUCACUACAAGCGCUACAAGGUGAAGAUCUACCUGAUGGAGUUGGUUCAGCGCUUCCAGGCGGUGCGCAGCACGCCCGAUUACGGCAAGAGCGUGGCGUGGCCGCAGCCGCCAGCCGUGCUGGAGCAGUUCCACGAAAACAGCAAACUCAUCUUCCGCAGGUGGCGAGCCAGGCAGAUUGUGAAGAACAUCCCGCCGUCCGAUAUGGAGCAGAUCACGGCCAAGGUGGCAGCCCUGGGCGUCCUGCAAGGGCUGCGGAAGGACUGGGGCUGUUGCAGGGGCUGGGGCCGGAACUACCUGGUGUCGGCAGGUGAAAACCCUUCCAUGGCCGAUCAGUUUGCCAAGAGGGUGGCGGCCCUGAAAGAGAAGGUCCACUUCCGUUCGGUGCUGUUCUCCUGCCACGUCCGCAAGAUAAACCUAUGUAACAAGAGCACAGACCGAGCCCUUCUCAUCACAGACCAGCACCUGUACAAGAUGGAACCUAGGAAACAGUACAAGGUCAUGCGAGCCAUACCUCUGAACAUGGUGACCGGGCUCAGUGUGACCAGCGGCGAGGACCAGCUGGUGGUGUUCCACAUCCAGAACCACGGCCUGGUAGUCUGCCUCCACAAGAUGCCGCUGGGAAAUGACAACCGGGUUGGAGAGCUGGUGGGCGUGAUGGUGGAGCACUUCAGAAGGACGAAGCGGGAAGAGCUGCAGGUGCAGGUGUCGGACUGUAUCCAGGUCAGCCUCAAAGGCAGGAAGAGGCUGGUGACCGUCGAGAGGCACAGCCAGCAGCAGGACCCAUUGCCCGACUUUGCCAAGAGCCGCGACGGCUUUGUGCUCUACUGCCCGAGGAGAUGAGCAGGGAGGGGGCUGCCCUUGAGAUCGACGGGAUGCAGAUAAUCGGAUCACGGAGAGAGACUUCUUGAGACGCGCUGCAUUGCACUUUUUAGUGGGGUGUGGGUGGGGGGUUAAACUGGGCUCGCUUUUAGCUGACUGGGAGGGAGGACAAGCUGUUCACCCACGUCCAAGAGAAAUGGCUCCCUCAGUCCCAGUGCUAUGGCAGCAAAGGUCUGCACACGGAAACCUGCAGUUCAGGGCAGGCACCAAGAAACAGACAAACAAACGCCAGGCUGCGGGCUCUUUCUCAUGUACAUGCAGGUACUUCUUCCUUCUGGAGCCUUAAAGCCGUGAGAGGUUCUGGGCUGCCUUCACAGGCUUGGUGUCCUCUGGAGGCAAAUGUUCUUCAUAAUAAACUUUGUUCACAAAUGCA